AUGUCUACCAAGCACGCAGAGACUGCCUCGUCAUUAGCUGAAGAACACCACACCCAGCCCGGUAAAGGUGAGCUACAUGCCAGCUCGGUGUCAACCAGCGGGCCUCCUUUAUACAAAGAGCCCGUGCCAGCCUCUUCUACAGCUGGAAUCAUAUAUGGCUUUGGAAGGCCAGUGAUUCGUAUGAUGCCUUUACCAAUGCCACCGCCAAUGGCAGAUGUAAUCCAACUCGACCCAGGAUCGCCGCCUUUCUAUAUUGUAGCCCAUGAUUGGAGGCAGCUAUGGAAGUUUAUAUACAUCCAAGCUGCAGUUCGCAUCGAAACUUUGGCCGUUGAUGAGGAAGAUAAACUCCCAAAGGCGACUCUGCAAACUGUGUUACACUUUCUCGAGUUGCCUGAUGGAAGUCGGCGUGUUGUGCUGUACAUGGCCAUUCGCAGCAGCAAUACUCCUGAUGAAAGUUUUUCGGUGGAUACGUCUCUCGUUCCGCCCGACUUUCCGCACCCAGACCUUGGUCGACCGCUGUUACACACCAGGGAGACACAGGUGUACACCGUGCCCACCAGGCCAUUCCCAAUGAUACCACUUCUCUUACCCAACUUUGCACUCUAUCUCUCUGCCGCCUUUGACGAGUCUUGUCGCGCUCAAGACUCGAGAGCUCGCUUGAGGAUGCUUGUUACAGGUGAAUCUUCGCCAAUAAUGCCACCUGCACGAUCCAUGGAAUCCGUUGGCUGGUUCCAAGGCUUGAAAGCCAGCCUACGACUCCGACGCAAGCCUGUGGUUAAAGAAGAGCAAGGAUGUAUAUUGGUGACUCCAUAUGCCUAG